AUGAAAUUCUUUAUACAGCUAUGAAAACGCAGAAGAGAAUGUCUGACGGGAAGCUAGCUGAUGAUGUGUUUUUUUUCUUCUGAUACUGUAUGUUUAUGAUCUUUAUUUUUCUUAAAACCACUGACGAAACAGCUAAGCUGGAUAGCUUUGGAAAGGAUCACUAAAAAAGGAAACUGAAAACUUUGAGAACUUAAGGCUUGUGUGGUUAGAAACCACUUUUUUUUUGCUAAAAAUGUCCAGAGUGUCGGUGUGGAGUCAAGUUUGCAAUAUGGCUCCGGAAGUGUUUGAAAAUGUAUAUGGUGAAUUUCCCCAGAGGGUGCGUCAUUUACUGGGUGAUAGGUUGGAGAAUGAACCAUGGGAAUUUAUUAAUGCAACAGAUGAAUUCUCCCCUGAGAUAGCAAAGUUAUUAUUACAGAAAUUGGUACAGGAAAUUGAGUUGCUGUCCAGGUCCUGUGAAUCUGAACAACAUAUGAUUCUCCAAUGUGCAAAUAAUGUGAAGGCAAUAUCCCAACGGGAUCCUAUGACUCUGGUGAAACUAUUCAAACAUAUUGUGGAAAGUGAAAGGUCUUUGGUCUUACAGCAGUUUCCACGCCUUACAGGGAGUUUCAUUGAUAAGCAGGAGGGACUGAAGUUCAAUUUUCGUACUAUAAAAAUCCAACAUAUGAUAAAACAGGCUGUGUUUAUCCAAGACCAAAUGAGACAUACAAAGGAAUCUCUUCCCAUACAUGAACAAAUGCCAAGGGCGGUAAAUCUACAAAGGCAGUGGGCCUCAUUGGUUAAUGAGUCACUUGAAAGCUUGGAUAAUGCUCAGAUACAAGUAAUUAAGAGAAUUAACAUCUGGAAACGACAGCAGCAACUAUCAGGGAAUGGAGCUCCUUUUGAUGAGAAUUUGCUUCCUCUGCAGGAAAGGUUGGAAACCCUUUUCAACAUAUACAAUGAUAUUUUUCGGUUGGUUCAAUCUAUUUCCCAGACUGAAAAGCAGAUGCAUUCUGGUCUUGUGGAAAGAAUUAACAAAUCCUUAGACACUCUUAUCAGAAGUUCUUUCCUGGUGGACAAACAACCGCCACAAGUAUUGAAGACACAGACAAAAUUUCAAGCAAGUAUCAACUUUUUGUUGGGAUCAAAAGUUCUCAGUGGCUUUUCCAAAAUGCCCACAGUAAAGGCUCUCAUUAUUACUGAAAAAAAGGCACAAGAAUUGUUUCAGUCGACAACUGGUGACACAUGGAAUGAUGGCACUGGGGAAAUUGAUAAUGGAAAAUCAAUACUGGAAAUUACACCAACAACAAAGUCUUGUGGAGCACUUUUCAAAAACAUGUUGCUGAAAAAAAUAAAGCGAUGUGAGAGAAAAGGUUCGGAGUCAGUGACAGAAGAAAAAUGUGCAAUUCUAUUUAUGACCGAUAUUAUGGGGACAAACGGGCCCUGUCAUCUACGAGCUCUCUCUUUGCCUUUGGUGGUGAUUGUUCAUGGGAACCAAGACAAUAAUGCUAAAGCAACCAUUUUGUGGGACAAUGCCUUUUCAGAGAUGGAUCGUCGGCCCUUCUUUGUAGAGGAAAAGGUUCCUUGGUCCAGAAUGUGCCAAACUCUCAACAUGAAGUUUGUAUCUGAAGUGGGAACCAAACAUCAGCUGUGUAACAAACAUUUCCUGUUCCUUGCUCAGAAGAUUUUCAAUGAGAACAGUUUAAACGAAAAGGAUUUCAAAGAUCGCAAUGUUUCAUGGGCUCAGUUUAACAAGGAACUUCUACGAGAAAGAAAUUUCACUUUUUGGCAAUGGUUUGACGGUGUUGUGGAGCUUACCAAAAAAUGGUUAAAAAGUUAUUGGUCAGAUGGUCUGAUUAUUGGAUUCAUCAGCAAGCAGUAUGUUCACAACCUUCUCAUCAAUGAGCACGACGGAACUUUCCUUCUGCGUUUCAGUGACUCAGAGAUUGGAGGUAUCAGCAUUGCGCAUAUUCUACGUGGGGAAGAUGGUUCAGCACAGAUCCAAAACAUACAGCCAUUCACAGCCAAAGAUCUUUCUAUACGCUCACUUGGGGAUCGUGUCAGAGAUUUAAAACAGCUUAAAUUUCUGUACAACGGUAAACUCAAAGAUGAAGCCUUUGAAAAAUAUUAUACAAAGGAGACGGAAUUGCCAAAUGGGUAUAAAAAGGCUACAAUUCAGAUGAAACUAGAUAGAGAACCAGAAGAAGAAAAUAUCAACAAGAUGGAUACAUUGCCUGGGAAAGGAAUGUACCCAGAUAUUACACAAAUACCAACAAUGCAGCCUGCAAUGUUCCCCUCAUCUCCAAUUGCAAGCCCCCCUCUGUGCAUACCUGUGGCAAUGAGCCAGCCACAAUUUGUCUGUAAUAUGCAAUUACCCGUACUUCAACAAACUCAGAGCCCUUUGCAAGCAUUUCCUUCAUACACUGACAAUGCAAGGUAUCCGUAUCCUGAGAUUGAUCCUAAUUUAGCAGGACUGCCAAAUUUCUCUGUAAUACCAGGAUUAAUUAAUGAAGACACAAUUCCCAUGGCCUUUCCUGAGGAGCAGACUUUACAAAACCCUGGGGAGCUAUUAUUCCCACCCACCACAGAGGACCACAGUAUGAACACAGAUCCACCAUAUCAGCAAGUACUCGAUGAUAUUUAUCAGAUGGAAAACUCAUUCAACGUAAACCUAAGCUGGCUCCCCUAAUUGAAAUUUCUUUAACAUUCUCUACAUAUUUCCCUUUGCAUGCUUAAAAUUAUAUAUAUAUAUAUAUAUAUAUAUAUAAUCUAAAAAAAGAACCAUUAUAUAAUUUUCUGCACACAAUAACCACUGUUACUACUUUUACUGUACACAAGGAGGUGCAACUUCGAGGAGUUGUAGGAGGCUGCAGUAGAUCCAGAGAAGAAAGUAACAGGAUUUUUUAAUUCACCUAUUAUUUGAUUCUUCAUAUUUUUGGAAGACUAUGAUGAUUAACCAUAUUUCUAAUGGUAAUGUUUGGCGUUUCUAACUGGUUUCCUAUUUUAACCAAGCACCACUUCAGAAUAUAAUAUGCACAACUCAAAGAUCAUCAUCUUCAUAAAGAGAUACAACUGCAUUUCUUCAUUUACUAAGCAUUCUCAGUAAUCUGCUUUGCAUUUCAUUUAAAGAAUGCAGUAAUGGGAAUACUAAACCCACAUGGCUUAUCGUCCUUGUUGCUCCAAGAAUGAACUUGACUACGCAGACUCCAAUGAUUUGUGUAGGUAGCAGCAAAUGAGCAGGUCUGACCUUUAAUGAUUUAUGUGGGAAGACCCCCAAACUGCAGAAUUCCACAAGCAGAGAGUGGGAGUGGAUAAUUGUAACAGUCUCUUGGCUUCAGCAUUGAUAUCAAACAUUAUUAGAAAUGAUACAUUUAUUAAAUCGUAUCUAAUGAAUAUCACUAUUUACUGUUUCAUCAUAUGGUAUAUGCAGAGAGAGCAAACAUAUAACACAUUAAUUCUACAUUUAACUUGUUUUGUACCCAGCUUAUUUUAUAAAGGAAUGUUUUAAAUGCAAUUGAGCAUGAAUAUGUCUUUCCAAAGUCAGCUUCCUUCAUCUUAAAGGGACAGUCUACACCUUAGUCAUCUUAAAGUCUUACCUUAGAUUAA